AUGAAGAAACACACGACCAGAGUCUCGCCCCUGACUGCCUGCGACAGCCCCGUGCUGUCACUGACCUGGCUGGAAGGUGGCGAGCGGACAGCGGAUGCCCCGGGGCGGAAAUCAGCCGCGGAGGAGCCCAAGGGUGCGCUGGAUGUGCUGGGGAGGGUGGCGCGGGGGACGGCGCUGGCCGUCUGCUUGGCAGGAUGCUGGGCUGGGGUGACCCAGCUGGGGAAGGCAGUGCAGGUCAACUUCGAGGCUCCCUUCUUCGUGGCCUGCCACGCGGCCGGAUGGAACCUCCUGCUCUUCCCGGCGUACUGCGCCAGCCGCCUGCUCGUCUCAUGGCACUGCCGGGCUCCACUGGAGCAGCUCAGGGCCUCUACCCGUUUACUGAGUGAGGGCGGCUUCUCCGUCAGAGUCCUCGUCACAAGGACCGGUCCUUUCUGCGUUCUUUGGAUGGUUACCACCUACCUGUACUUGCUGGCGCUGAGGAACAUCAGCACUACAGAAGUCUCUGCUCUCUUCUGUUGCAACAAGGCCUUUGUCUUUCUGCUCUCCUGGAUUGUACUCAAGGACAGGUUUAUGGGAGUCCGGAUCGUGGCUGCCAUCCUCUCCGUCACCGGCAUUGUGCUCAUCGCCUACGCCGACGGCUUCCUCCGCAACGCCAUCGUGGGCGUGGCCCUGGUCGUGGGCUCCGCCUCCGCCUCCGCCCUGUACAAGGUCCUGUUUAAACUCCUGCUGGGUCCUGCGAGGUUCGGCGAGGUCAUGUUCUUCCUCACGGCGCUGGGAGCCUUCAGCCUCCUCUUCCUGAGCUGGGUCUCCGUCGCUCUCCACAUCACCAGGGUGGAGCCCUGGCCCUCUGCCGGGCUUGUGCCCUGGGGUCAGCUGUGCGGGCUGGCCGCUCUCCUCCUCGUCUUCAAUGUCCUCAUCAACUGUGGAGCUGCUGUAACCUCCCCCACCCUCGUGUCACUGGGAGUGUUCCUGAGUGUACCUGUCAACACUGCCACCGAUGUCUAUCAGGGCACGGACUGGGGACUCGGGCAAGUGCGACUCUCCGCCUUGUUCAUCCUCUGCCUCGCCUUCCUCUUGCUGCUGCUUCCGGAGGAGUGGGACACGGUGGCGCUGGGGGUCCUCACCAAGCUCGGUGGCCGGGGGGCCAAGGAGGAUCCAGACCCUGACAAUUCUGAGGGCAGCUCGCAGGCCGCAGGCUGGCCCUCUUCGCUACCUGGUCCCAGAUGCCCAGAGAGGGGGGAUGUCCCCACCCCGUGA